AUGACGUCUACGACAACCAUCGAUUAUGAUGCGAUUGAGAAAAGUAUUGCGAUUAAUAAUGAGCGUAGCGCUGCUAAUAACCUUGGCGGUACUAAGGCAUGUCAGUUACGAGAGUUGUUUACAAUUGGCUUGAGUGGCUCACGUUAA